AUGAAAGAACCCCGGAUUUUCCCUAGAGAGCGGCCAACUCCUUGGACUCGUGCUCCGCUGCCACCUCGAGGACGGAUGGACAGUUCCCUGGGACCACAAGGGGGUCCUGCUUUAAACACAGGCCAUCCUCUAGGUAUGAACUCAGAUCCCUUCCUUAUGGCAACCGGCUCUCUUGGUGGAAAUUUGGCUCCGUUUCCAAGGAACCCGUCUCCUUUUCCAACUUCAUCAGGCUCAUUGGCUUCAAAUCCAGCACCUUUCCCUGCUGGUGCUCGUGACCCAAGCAUGGCUUCUUUUCCAAGAGGGAUGAAUCCCACUGGCACAGGUGCAGUUUCUUUCCCAAGGCCGGGUGGUCUCUUGGGCCCAAGCCCAGGGUCAGCUCUAAAUCCUAGAGCAGGGGCUCUUCCAGGCCCAGGGCCUCUGUCUAACCCAAGGUUAGGGGGUCUCCCAGGGCCAGGUCCUAUGUCCAACCCAAGGCCAGGUGGUCUUCUGGGAUCAGGUCCUGACCCCAGAAGUGGUGGCCCCAUGGGCCCUGGAUCUGGACCCAACCUGAGAGCAGGUGUCCUGUUGACUUCUGGGAAUGGUCCUCCCAAUCCUAGGCCCGUUGGCCUGGGCCCCGGACCAAGUCCUAAUCUGAGAUCAGGCUUUGUAGGUACAAACCCUGCCCCGAGGUCAGGUAUGUUUCCAGGCCAUGGCCUUGGGCCCAACCCAAGGUCAAGUGGCCUGGGCCCAGGCCUUGGGCCUAACCCAAGGGCAGGUGGCCUGGCUCCAAGCCCUAAUUUGGACACCAGACCAGGUGGCCUCUUGGGCACAGGAUCUGGUCUUAACUUAAGAAUGGCUGGACCUCAAAGCCUAGACCUUGCACCCAUUCUAAGAGCAGCAGGUCUUUUAGGAGCAAAUUCAGCUGCUUUCUCACAGUCUUCUGGAAACAUGGGCACAAGCCCAUCUUCCAUGGCCAGAAUACCUGGCCCCAUAGGCCCAAACUCGGGUCCUGGCUCUCGGGGAAUUGGCCUUCCAGGGCCAAAUCCAUCUCCCAUGUCAAGGGCUCCUGGCCCCAUUGGCCCUAAUUCAGCUCAUUUUUCAAGGCCCGCUGGCCCCAUGGGAGUAAAUGCUAAUCCUUUUCCAAGGGGGACAGGUUCAGGGGGCUUGAACCCAGCUGCUUUCUCUCAGUCUUCUAACACAUUGGCUUCAAACCCCGUUAGCUUCCAGAGGUCUGCUGGCCUCCAGGGCUCUAGUCCGGCAAUUUUCCCAAGAGCCUCUGGGCCACUAGGCUCCAACCCAGCUAACUUUCCAAGGGCCACUGGUUUACAGGGCCCAAGUCCAGCUACCUUCCCAAGGUCUACUGGCCCAUUAGGCCCUGGUCAGGUUACUUUCCCCAGGUCAGCUCCUGGGCCCCUAGGCUCUUCGCCAGCAGGCCCUGUGGGUAUCAACCCAGCUCCUUUUGCAAGGCCAACUGGGACCCUGGGUCUAAACCCAGCUUCCUUUCCAAGGAUGAAUGGCCCUGUAAGCAAGACUUUGGUCCCAUUUCCUAGAGUGGGGAGCCUCCCUGGCACAAACCCAGCUGCUUUCCCCAGACCAGGGGGUCCAAUGGCUGCAAUGUACCCAAAUGGAAUGUUACCCCCUUAAACACCAUUUUCUCUCCAGGACCACCUUGGUUUCCAGGCACUGUGGUUCUGGGCAGGGGCUGUGUUUUCGGUGAAAGGGUAGAUAUGGAGCUACAGUCUGAAGUACAUAGUUCAGGCUCAAGUUCAAAUGAGCCUUUUUCCCCCCUCUGCGUCUUUCUUGACUGACUGAAGGUGAAAUGUUAUCUGUGGGACAUGGACUCUGGCAGGUGGGAAUGAUCCCGCGUUGCGAGAAGGAAUCUCCAGCCUUCCAGAAGCCUGCUGUGCUUUUGUCCCACAGCUUUCUGCCCCUUGUUUCUUACUAGUUUCUUGAAUUGUUCUUGUGGACUUUUCCUCAGGGAUACAUUGGCCUGCAGGUUCCAAUUCAUAUGCGGUCCCCUGCUCACCACUGGAGAAUCAGCUCACUGCUGUCUAGAAAUGUUGCAUUGGUGAGCGGACCAUGCUUCAGCAGCACUGACCUGGUCACUCUCUACUGCCAUACCUUCCCCUGGGGGCUGGAACACAGAACAGGGAAGUGCAACCACUUCAGAGAGCCACCAAAUUUCUGCUGGCCUGACCAGGCCUGCAGCUCCCUUCUCCUGGGACUUACUUAGAGGAGGCCAGGAUCAAGGCUCCACUGCUCCUCCCGCUCCCUCUCCACUGGUACUCCCAAUCAGAGAACCUCAAAAUUAAACUGAUGUGGAUGGGGUUAUGGGAAUUGGGGUGGGGGUGGGGGGAAUGAAGGGGAGAAAUCACUGUGCUUCGUUCAGCCUGAUGUGAAAGGAUGGUUGGUGUUUUCCUGCAUUGUACCUUUUCUUACUGUUUCUUUAAUAAAUGGGACGAGA